AUGAAUCCUUCAUUUAAUGAAUUAAACAAUUUACCAAAUGAAAUUCUUGUUAAAAUGUUAAAAUAUUUAAGUCAUUAUGAUAUACUGUAUUCGUUUUAUGAUAUUAAUGAAAGAUUUAAUUCAAUUAUUAAGAAUUAUUUUUUAAAAAAUAAUUUAACAUUAAUAAUUAAUAAUGAUUCAUUAAUAUCAUUUGAUAAUAAAAUAUUAGAAAGUGUAUAUGAAAUAAUACCAAUGAUUGAAAAUAAUAUUAAAUGUAUUAAUAUUGAUUCAUUAAUUAUAGAAAAUAUUAUUGAUCGAGCAAAUUAUCCAAAUUUAAAACAAGUUACUAUUUAUACUUCAUUACAAGAAUCAAUUAAUAUAUUUAUUGAUGGAAGCUUGUUUAUAAAAAUAUUUGGUCAAAAAAUUGAAAAAUUGAUGAUAAAAUCUCGAAGAAUUUUAAAACCAAUUAUCAAUACAUUUGGUGAAUAUGAUAUACUUGAACACAGAGAAAUAUUACAAGAUUUAUUCAAAAAAUGUUCUACAAUGUUUCAAAAUUUAAUAUCUUUACAAUUUUAUUUAUUUAUAAAUAAUCAACAAUUAACAUUUGAUUUUAGAGAAGUUAUUUCUUUUUCAUCUAAUAUUACUCAAUUAUAUGUUACAGUUAAUCAUUUUAAUGAUUGUCUUUAUAUAUUAGAUGGAAGUUUCAAUCAAUUACAAAAAUUUUAUAUUAUCAUUUGUGGUACUGGUGAUUUACCAUCAACAGAUCAUGUAGAAAUUGAAAUUUCUAAUAUAAAAUGUUUUUCUAUUAGAUACAAAAAUAAAAUAUUAAAUUAUGAUCGUGGUCUGAUACCACUUUUACAUCGUAUGAUUAAUUUAGAAGAAUUUCAUAUACAUUUUAUUAAAACUACUUUACCAAUAAUCGAUGAACAUAUAUUAAAAGUUGAAUUUAUUGAUAAUAUACCUAAAUUAAAAAAAUUUAUUUUUAAUAUUGGAUCAUUAACUUAUCUUGGUAAUCAACAUUAUUUAUCAUCAAAUGAAAAUAUUAAACAUUCAUCUAAAAAGUUUCAAAAUUCUGAAAUGAUAUCAAAUAUUGAUUAUUUUGAACGUACACGAUUACUUUAUUCUCAUAUUUAUUCACAUCCAUACACAUGGGAUUUUUAUCAUCAUAUAUCAAAUAAUUUUCGUGGUGGUUUAUUUAAAUCUGUUCGUAUAAUAUCAUUAUUUGAUGAACAACCAUUCGAACACGAUUUUUUUCUUCUUAUUGCUCAAUCAUUUCCAUAUUUUAGUAGAUUAAUUUUACGUAAUAAUGAAAUACAAAAAAAUAUUAAUUGUCAACAAAUACCAAUUAAAUAUAAUAAUCUUCUCAAUAUUGAUCUUAUUCAAUCUCAUGAUAAUUAUAUUGAAGAAUUUCUUAAUAAUAAUAAAACAUGUUUAUUAAAUGGUAUUUAUCUUAAUAUAUCAUAUAAAUCAUUAUUAAGACAAACAAAUAAUUUUACAAAAGAUGAAUAUCGAACAAAUUGUUCAAAAAUAAAUUAUCUCAAAUUAAAAAAUGAUAAAGAAGAUUUAAUUAACGAAAAUUUAAUAAAAUAUUUUCAUAAUGCAACAAUUGAUUAUUAUCAUUAA